AUGAAAGAAUUGAAUAUUUUAAAAAAAAUUAUAUUUUUUUCGAUUUUUAUUUAUUCUUUGGAACAUACUAAAAAUGUUUUAUGUAAUUUAAGCAGAGCAAAUAAUACGACCAUAACACAACCAGACUCAUUAAAUUUUAAAAUUAGUAAAUUACCAAAAAAAGGAGAUUAUUUUUUAGAUUUAUUACAUUCUUAUGAUUCAAUUAUAAAUAUUGCAGCUAAGAUAUAUGAAAAUAAUGAAGAUUGUGGCGAAACAAACGGUAUUAUAGAAAAUGCAUAUUCAAAUGAAAACCAAAAUAAAUUUAAUGUAUUUGACAUUUUAGGGGGAAUAAUUACUGAGCCAGAAAUUUCAAAAAGUGAUACUUCGAGGAAAUCAAUGAGAGUGAACAAAAAUUAUGAUAAAAAUAGUGAUGAUAAAAAUAGUGAUAAAAAUAGUGAUAAUAAAAAUAGCGAUAAACAUAGUGAUAAACAUAGUGAUAAAAAAUCAUCUGGUAAUAACUGUAAAAAAAAGACAAGUUUAUUUGGAGCUAUCCUAUCAAAAAUUUAUAUAUGCAGGCAUUGA